UUUAAUCUCCGGCAGGGUGAAGGCAAUGCAUGUCGAUGCCACUGGGCGAAUCUUCGCUAGCUUCGGAACUGUCAAAGAAACCUCCGCACAAUCGGUUGUAUCCACAUGGCACUGCAUACAACGGUUAUGUAUAUUGGUUCAGUCAUUUCUUCCACGUAGCACCGCGUUGCUGCAUGCGCAUCCUGCCUUCACCCUACCCAGGCAAUUUGCAAAUGUCCAGUAUUUGUGCCCAGGCCGUCGCACUCCCUUGCCUUCUUGGUACGAGUGAAUAACGCUGUGUAGCGAUGGGGGCACUGGCUCCUCUCACUCCUCAAAUGCUGGAGAUGAUCCAGAAUCCUUUCCUCUUGAAGCACGACCCAAUUUUCCCCAUUCCUCCCUCCACCGGCCGGGGACAAUGGUUCCCCGAACUAUAUCAAGCGUCGUCACGCCCAACACCAUCGCGCUGAACGCCUUCAUCUUCGGUUAUGCCGGGCACUCCCUCGUCACGCCUCACGCGCCCCUCCAGCAGCUGUGGUGGACCGACGAACGGAUCGACUCGAAGGUGACGCCGGAGUUGAUCCUAUCGCGGGUGCGACCAGACCAACGCGUUCUGCUGCGUCGUCCGCUCGCGUUCGGCGACAGCCUGACGAACGACUGUUACCUCGACUGGAUCCUCAAGAAGGCGCGACGGUGGUUCAUGAUCUUGGAGGACCUGGGAAUUCCGGAUCGGAUCUUUGCCAUCGUGGAUGAUUCGUUUGACGAUGAUGACCUGCCGAUUCCUGAGGAUACCGUACCCCAAUUGAAGAUGUCGGUGAAACCUGAUCAUGCCUUGUUCCGGCGUUUUUACAACACCCAAUUCACUUUCUUGUUGCGGGAGCUCAAAGAAGGCUCGCAUAUCGACUACGCGCACAACGAGUUUGUUCCCAUCGAGUAUGUCCAUCGACUUCCCCCAGCUGUGGCAUUGCAGGACUGGUACCGAGUGCAUUUCCCGAAGCGGCCACAUGAAGUUUUCGUGCGACGAAAAGUGAGCUUGAAGGAGCCACAGUCGUCCACUGCGUUGGAGGAAGAGUUCAUCGCAGAUGUGCGAACCUCGAGGUCGAUCGUGCACCCGCACAUCGCGCCAAUAUAUGCGUCUUACACCUUUCAAGGGGAUGGAUACACGAUCACCACGUUCAGCGGUCAGCAUACUCUACAGUCCUUCAUCUCACACCGUAAUCCGCCGCAAUACCAGAGGCUGGCAAAGCCGGAUCGACAUCGAUUGCUGCUGGGUUGGAUGCACUGCUUGGCGGACGCUCUCAUCGUCAUGCAUCAGAAUGGUCUCUGCCAUGCUGCCAUCCGCCCGAGCAACGUCGUCAUCGACUCCAAGAACUCGAUCGCAUUCAGCGAUAUUGGCUGCCUAAGGACCUUUCAGCGCGAUAAGAAAGCGAACCGCGAGGAAGAAUACACCUACAGUGCCCCUGAGCUUCAAGUAGCGACCCGAAGACAGUCCCAGCCCGCCCUCACCUCCAUCAAAUCCCCUUCCUUCCGCCUCGAACGCGCCUCCAACACCAGCACCAGCUCCUCCGACCGCUGCCCCUCCGUCUCCACCUCCAGCACCACCUCCACCUCUAGCCGCAAGUCCACCAGCGCCCUCACCUACUUCCGCACCCCCCGCACCUCCUCUCUCCAACCCGUUGUCGACCCCCCCAUCCCCACCCCCCACUCCGACAUCUUCUCCCUCGGCUGCCUCUUCCUCGACCUCCUCUCCUUCCUCCUCAAGCAACGCCCCGCCGACUUCCUCAAACACCGCGCCACCAAACUCGACGCCGACCGCCCGAAAUCCAAGGGGCCCAGCCGCGUCGACGCGUCGUUCCACGCGAACGUGCCGAAGCUGCUCACCUGGAUGGAUCACUUGGAGGGGGUGGCAGCAACGCGGGAACACCGCGCGUUUCGCGCAGUGCCUGCGCUGCUGCGACUAUGUCGGAGGAUGGUCUCGCCGUUGCCGGAGGAGCGGCCGUCGGCGAGGGAGACGCGGGAUCGGGUGGCGGGGAUAUUGGUUGGGCAUGUGGGGAUGGCGGCGGAGGGGAUCUGUUGUUAUGGGCGGGAGCAUGAAAUUGGGAUGGCGAUUACGACGGGGGGGUGAGUUCGCCAUACGGGUUCGGUAUCCUUCUGAUUAGCGAUCGAGUAAUGUGGAUGCUAGGCUCUGGGGAGCACUCCGAGGAUGAUCGGAAGAUCGAUGAGGGGCUCUCUCCGAGGUAUAAUCCUGAUGACUGCAGGAAAGCCUAAUAGCUGGCCAUCGGACGCCCCUAGUACUCUACAGGCUUCAUGUUACAUUCUCGCAUCGAGCCUAACGUCAGCACGAUUGAUAGUCUA